GAUGACCUUAAAUUCGGAAUGGAAUUAAAGACCCUGAUAAAAAACACUAGCAUGCGGAAAUUUUUUGAUUAAUCAUCGUAAAUCCCCCAUUAUUGCUAAUAAUAGAUAAUUAUCUUUCACAACGAAGUAUCUCUUAUCUGUGAUUUUUAAAAUUUAAACGCCCUGCAUCAUUCAACCUACUCCACGAAUCAAAAAUGGACGCAGUUCUCAGCAGGGAGCUCUUGGAAAAAUACCGUACGUCGUUCAACUCCGACCCCAAGAACAUCCUCGCCCAGAAUGUGUGCACGAAGUACGAUCCUUUUGAAGUGUGUCUGUCGCGAAGGCGGCUGCAGGAAUCGCAGCACGUUUUCACUUACAAGAUCGAAACCGAAGGCAAGCCGAUAACCAAUCAGAAAAGCUCGGGCCGCUGCUGGCUCUUCGCCGCGCUGAACGUCAUGCGGGUGCCCUUCAUGAAGGCGUUCAAUCUCGACGAGUUCGAGUUCUCGCAGGGCCACCUGUUCUUUUGGGACAAGAUCGAGCGGUGCAAUUUCUUUUUGAACACGUUCGCCGCCGCCGUCAGACGAAAGGAACAGAUCGAGGGCAGGUUGAUCACGUUUCUGCUGAAGGAUUUGAUCGGCGACGGCGGUCAGUGGGAUAUGCUCGCUAACGUUAUUAAUAAAUACGGGGUGAUGCCUAAGUGUAAGUUUCCGGAGUCUUUCAGUUGCGAUUCCAGCCUGAAAAUGAAUCAGAUACUUCGAAGUAAGUUACGCGAAUACGCUAGGGAAAUAAACGAAUUAGUAUGCCGUGACGGAUCUGACGCUGACGUACAGUCCUUAAUUCAACAGCAAAUGUCCACGAUAUUCCGGAUCGUCGGCAUAUGCCUGGGAAUACCCGACGAAACGUUCACGUGGACGUACUACGACAAAAACAAGGCGUUUCACUCCAUCGGGCCGAUUACGCCGAAGGAAUUCUACGACGUACACUUGCGCCCUCUGUUCGACGUAAACGAGAAGGUUUGCCUAGUCACCGAUCCGCGAGAGAGCAACAAAUACGGAAGGCUGUACACCGUCGACUGUCUCGGAAACAUGAUUGACGGCCGCAAGUGCAUUUACAAUAAUCAACCCGUCGAGCUUUUAAUCAAAUUGGCGGCGGAUAGCAUUAGGAACGGCGAACCCGUCUGGUUCGGCUGUGAGGUUUCCAAGCGGUUCGCCGCGAAACAAGGCCUGGAGGAUUUGGAAGCGCAAGAUUUUUCCGUCCUCUUCGGAACAGAUAUUCAAACCACCAUGCCGAAAGCGGAUCGCCUGCUUUAUAGCGAGAGCGCGAUGACUCACGCCAUGGCGUUCACCGGCGUCGCGACAGAUGAGAGCGGCGCCGUGACGAAGUUCCGCGUCGAAAAUUCGUGGGGCGACGAUAGAGGCGAUAAGGGCUACUUGGUGAUGACGACCGAGUGGUUUAAAGAGUUCGGUUUCGAGGUCGUCGUCGAUAAGAAAUUCGUACCGCAGGAUGUUUUAAAUGUGUUCGAUCAGGAUCCGAUUGUCCUACCAGCUUGGGAUCCAAUGGGAACGCUUGCUUUGUAAUGAUGUGAAUGUUAGGUUAAGCGUUUUUGGAGCUUUUUUUACCACUUGUAUAUAAACAAUUUAUACUAAUGAAUUUUAGAGUGGAAGUCGGACCGGUUUAGUUCAAAUUGUGUAUCUGUAAUAUAAUAAAUUCUCUAUCCAAUUAAUAAAUGAGGUUAUGUUCA